AGCAAACACUUCAAACAAAACCAACUCAUCGGAGAAGACAAAAUGAUGAUCGGAGAAUCUCAUCGUAGUUUUAAUCCAACGGUUCAUAUUCCAUCAUGGCCAUUGUCUGAAGAUUUAACGGCGUCAGAUAUUUACGGAAGUCCUGACGGAGGAAGUAGCAUGAUGGAAGCUUUGGCUGCGUUACAACGUUAUCUUCCGUCAAACGAACCGGAUCCGGAUUCAGAUCCGGAUCUCUCGGGUCCGGAUUCACCCAUCGAUGCUUAUUCGUGUGAUCAUUUUCGGAUGUAUGAGUUUAAAGUGAGACGUUGCGCUCGUGGUCGGAGUCAUGAUUGGACGGAGUGUCCUUACGCUCAUCCCGGUGAGAAAGCUCGCCGUCGUGAUCCGAGGAAGUUUCAUUAUUCCGGUACGGCGUGUCCUGAGUUUCGUAAAGGUGGUUGCAAGAGAGGAGACGCGUGUGAGUUUUCUCAUGGUGUUUUUGAGUGUUGGCUUCAUCCGGCGCGUUACCGGACUCAGCCGUGUAAAGACGGUGGUAACUGUCGCCGUCGUGUUUGUUUCUUCGCUCAUUCGCCGGAUCAGCUUAGGGUUUUGCCUAGUCAAAGCCCUGAUCGUGUUGAUUCAUUUGACGGUUUGUCUCCGAUUCGUAGAGUGUUUCCGUUUACGAUUUCGCCGUCGUCUAACUCCCCGCCGGUGAGUCCUCGAGGUGACUCGGACUCGUCGCCGUCUUUACUGAGUCGUUCGCUCGGGUCUAAUUUGGGAAACGACGUCGUUGCGUCUCUGAGGAAUCUGCAGCUUAGUAAAGUGAAGUCUCUUUCUUCGUCGUACAACAAUGAAAUCGGAGGAUACGGAUCUGGGUUCGGGUCGCCUCGUGGAUCGGUUUUGGGUCCUGGUUUUCGGAGCUUACCAACUACACCGACCCGACCCGGGUUUAUGAACAUAUGGGAAAAUGGUCCGGAGGAAGAACCGGCGAUGGAACGGGUCGAGUCGGGUCGUGAACUGCGAGCGCAGCUGUUCGAGAAGCUGAGCAAAGAGAAUUGCAUGGGUCGUGUUGACCCGGAUCCGGAUCAGGGAGCGGGUGAUACUCCUGAUGUCGGGCAUGCUCAAAGUGGUGGUGAUGUGAUUAACGUCCCUAAACAUCAUAAUCGGAGACUCUGAUUAUUAUGUCCAAAUUGAGUCGGAGAUUGUAAUUCAGUAGUUGUUACUGUACUUGUGUGUCCUUUAGUUCUUAAUUACUUGAGUAAACCAAAAGUUAAAUA